AUGGUUGCCCCACAAACCACAAGGUGGCAGAUCAACCCCAGGGCUCCUCUGGCCACAUGUCAAAGUUCCCUGCAGCAAGCCACCCUGAAACAGUUGCUCCCCCAGCGACCACACACUGAUGAUAGCUGCCACAUGCCCCUAACACCCCUUUCUAGGAGGUGUGGAGGAGAAAAGUGUGGAGGAGGAGGGGGCGGAAGAGGGGCCAAGAAGAAGAGGAAGGUGAAAGGGACUGAGCAAACACGACCCUGCCCACCUUCACACGACAGAAACUCUCCAGACAAUGAAGAUACUCUUAUAAAGCAAUUGGGACAACAGUGUGGGCAUGUGACUCCAGCGUAUGUGUCACCUCAGACCUUUGCUGACGUGGGGGCCAUCGGGUCUUCAGUUCCCCAGCUGCUGGAGGACCUAAAGGGAGAGCUCGGUCACGGCUCCCCUGUGUCUAACACCGCUAGCGCUAACACUGCUACUAACUCUGAGUCUGUCGGUCACAACACUGACCUGCAGGACUAUCCCGAUACCAAUGGCAAUGAGAGUUUAACAGAAGAAGAUAGACCACUCUCUUCCACAGAGAGCCUGCGACAGCUCUCACAGCAACUGAACGGCCUGGUCUCUGAGUCAUCUGCUGCUUAUGUGAAUGGGGACAGUCCACCUUUAGUUGGUGAAAGAGAUAUGGAGGGUCGGAACCAGGAGCUGGCAGCCGCCCUGGAGUCCAGCAACCUAACAAACUCUCAGCUAAAUACCAAGCUAGACCAGCUGGCACAGCAAUCUCAGGGGCUCUCCGAUCAGCUACAAAAGGAGCGAAAAGAAUUCGAACAGAGAUUUUCAAAAGAGCAGGGAGCCAUGCGGGAGCAAUUGCAGGUUCACAUCCAGACCAUUGGUAUACUGGUAUCGGAGAAGUCAGAGCUACAAACAGCACUACAAUACACACAACAUGCUGCACGGCAGAAAACAGCUGAGGCAGAGGAGUUGAAUAACCGUCUACAGGCAACAAAGCAGAGAGUGUCAGAGCUGGAGAGAACUCUCUCCUCUGUCUCAACACAGCAGAAACAGUUUGAAAAGCACAACAAAGAGUUUGAAAAGGAGAGAGACAGCCUUAGGCUAGAGGUGUUUAGACUAAACAAUUUGAGUGAGGAGUCGAAGCAGCAGAGCUCAGAGCUGUCAGAGCAGUUAAAGCUGAGUACACAGGAGAAUGGAGCAAUGAGGCUGGAGGUGGAAGAUCUUCGCAAGAGACUCGAGAUAGCUGACCUCAUGUUGCAACAGUGCUCCAGUCAGUCAGAUCCCACGAGUGCCAACCAGCAGGUCCAGUUACUGCUCGGAGAGAAGCAGCAGCUGGAGGCACACAAUCACCAGCUGAUGGAGUCGAUUGCCCAGCUGCAGACAGAGAGGGACUGCUAUGCAGAGCAGAUCCAGGAGGAGGGCCGUCUAUGGAAGGACAAAACGGAACAGCUGCUAACACAGGUGUCUUUGGUUGCAGAGGAGAGGGACAGAAACAUCAGUCGAGUCCAAGAACUGGAAGCCAGCAUCACAGAGCUUCAAAAUGCUGCAGCGUUGUUGUCCCAGGAGAGAGAGGCCCGGGAUAAUGCAGAGCCUCAGUCCUCAGGGCCAUCAGAGAGUGAGGUGGCGCUUCAGGAGGCCCUCAACACUCUACAUCAGGAAAAAGAGGCUCUUACCGCACAGUACCAGGCACAGCUGAGAGAUAACGAGCAGCUGAGCCGCCUGUGUUCAGAGCAGGAGACCCGUCUCGGGGAGAUGGAGCGCCAGUUGGAGAGCCAAGUCCAGGAGGAAGGGGACCGCCGGCGCAUGUUGGAGGAUGUUCAGUCGGACAAGGCCACUAUUAGCCGUGCUCUCACCCAGAACCGUGCACUGAAGGACCAGCUGGCUGAGUUACAGAAUGGUUUUGUCAAACUGACUAAUGAGAACAUGGAGCUGACCACUGCCAUCCAGUCAGAGCAACAUGUGAAAAAGGAGCUGGCUCGCAGAAUGGGUGAACUGCAAGAACAACUGCACAACGUCAAGGAGCAGCUGGAACUGAAAAGUAAUGACACUCAGGGUCUGAUGGAGCAGAGGGACCAGGUAGUGGCCCACCUGCAGCAGUACUGUGCUGGCUACCAGGCUCUGGUCUCAGAGAGGGAACAGAUCCACCACCAGUAUCUGCAGCAGAUCCAGCUCAUGGACCGGCUGCAGCACGAUGAAAGCCAGGGCCGUGUGCAACUGGAGAUCAGUCACAAUCAGCUCAAGCAAGCGCAGGAGCAUAUGGAGCUGUUGGUCAAAGACAACGAGCAGCUGAAGGCUGAGGUGAAGGAGCUGCUCAACAGCUCAGCUCUUGCCACGUCAUCCAGAGACCAAGGCGAUGGAGUGGAGAGCCAGUCCCUGCAAGAGAGCCCAGAGAAGUCCUCCCCCAUAGUUAUCCCAGAAGACUUUGAGAGCCAGAAGGAGAUGGAGGACUUUAUCCGUGGAGCUUUGGCUCAGCUGGAGCUGGAGAGGGACGAGGCUAGAAGGCAACUUGAGGAGGAGCACCGGCUUCACAUGGCAGCGCGGCACCAGGCCGCUGUGGCCUUCAGCCUGGAGCACCAACACCACAGCCACGAAUCUGUCCACGACCAUCAUCACGAGCACGAUCACACUCAGGGCCAACAUAGUCACUGUGAACACAGUCACGAGCAUUCAGAAGGAGGAGUGCCGGUGGAAGUUCAUCAGGCCCUGCAAGCUGCCAUGGAGAAGCUUCAGCAGCGUUUCACGUCUCUCAUGAGAGAGAAAGCUGACCUGAAGGAGAGGGUGGAGGAGCUGGAGCACCGCUGCAUUCAGCUGUCUGGAGAGACUGACACUAUAGGGGAGUACAUAGCCCUGUACCAGAGUCAGCGGGCCAUCAUGAAGCAGAAACACCAGGAGAAGGAGCACUACAUCAGCAUGCUGGCCCAGGACAAGGAGGAGAUGAAAGCGAAGCUGGCAGAGCUGCAGGAUCUGGUGAUGAGGCUGGUGGCUGAGAGGAAUGACUGGUACAGCCGCUACACCGGAACCUUAGCCAGCGCAGGCACAGUGAACCCCGACCUGCUUCCUGUUGGGGAGGAUCACACUCACCCAGAGCACCAAGCACAUACACACACAAAGCUUAAUGCUGUCAGCGGAGCAGAAGCAAUGGAAGUCAUUCCUCUGUCAGAACCCACUACAACCCUGGAAGCCCCAUCGUCCCAGAUGCUGUCGAGCGGGUCAGUCCAGACAGACUCCAAGGCCCCGGGGCCCAAAGAGGACGGCACAGCCCAGCAGAUCAUGCAGCUGCUCCAUGACAUCCAGAACCCACAGGGGGCACCAAGAUCACCCCCCUUCCUCGGGGAGAACCCUUGCAUCCCCUUCUUCUACCAGCCUGACGAACAGGAUGAAGUCAAAAUCCUGGUGGUGUGAGAGGUGUGAGAGGUGUGUGUGUGUGUGUGUGUGUGUGUGUGUGUGUGUGUGUGUGUGUGUGUAAAUUGGAUGUGUUAAAGUCUAGGGCAUAUUAAACACCACAGUAUACCAUGUUCGUAGCUUGUUGGUCAUAUCCACAAACACUUGUCACUGAUAUGUGAGCGUCUUUGACCCACUUACAUAAAAAUGCCCUCUCUCUGUGUGUUGGCAGUAAUGUGUGCAUGGUUAAAUAGAGCGUAUUUUCAGUUUGGUUUUUGUCUAUGAUGCUCUUCCCAGAGAGAUAACCAGUAUUCCUUAACGCAAUCUGAUUAUUCUCCAUACCACCAUUUUUCAUCCCCCCCCCCCCCCCCCCCCCCCUCUCAUCUCCCAUUUUACACAUAAGUGCAAUAAAGGGGCUUUAUAUUCUGUCCCCUUGCUGAUACAGUACUUAAAGAGCUGUCGAAAAUGAUUAGCCUUGUGUGCAACUUAAUCUUAGUUAUACACAAUUCACUGUACAAAUGCCAAAAAUGAGCAUCACGUUUGAAUGUAAUGCGAAUAUUUACCCGUAUGUUUGCGUAAUGUGAGGAGAAUUGAUGAUGGUGAAAGGGUGCAUGAGGAGAAGAGAUGUAGAGAGAGAUGUAAGUUAAAGUCAAAGAAAGACACUGAGUGCACAUAAUAGCUUUUGAACUGUAGGCUCUGUUAUGAUUUCAAAGUCGAGCUCUCUAGUUGCAUGAUGAGGUUCAGAAAGAUGGAGGCAGGUGUCGCAGUUUGGUACUGUUCCUAAAACAACCUUUUUGUCUUUGUCCUCCAAACGCUGAAAAUAAGUCUUGUUAAAUGUUGCGAUAUGUUAAUAUGUGAAACAUUUGUAUUGUGAUGUCAAACUUCCUGUUAGACUGAGAGAAUUCCCCAUUGUUAUGAGAAGGUGGUUUCUAAAGUCAUUGAAGGGAUAGAUGCAAUUUAAAGACCCCAUGAAAAAAACAAACACAUUUUAGUCAAAGAGAUUAAGGCAUUAUUUUUUUAGAGUGUAAUUCAGAUAAAUAAUAGAGCUUGGGGUGCUGUGCUUCAGGCUGCUUUCCACAUUAUUGUUUUUUCAAGUUCUACUUUUUCUUUGUCAUUAGCAUGAUAGAUACUAAGGUGCGAUAGCUAGAGAAAGUUACAGGAAAAAUGGUGUUGAAAUCUCUUUAUCUGCACUCAUAAUUCAUGGCCUCAUCACAAAUGUCUACACACUUUUUUUCUCCAUCAUCAAAGCUGCUCAUCCAUAACUGAGUCCUAACUUCAAUUUCAUGGGGUCUUUAAGUUUCUAAACAAACUGACACUAUUGAGUAGAGCCUAUUCUUUUCUGUUACAUUUGCUUGUAGUUCCACAUAUCAAAGAUGAAUCAAUGCACAUCCUUUACAACUGGACUGUGUGAGUGUACGUGAUGCGUGUGUGUUUCCUCUUCAGCCGAAGUUGCAUCUGUUGUAUUUUUUGUAGAGUUCUAUCAGAUUAUAUAAGAAUGAUUGCACUAAAACUGUACAAAGCUUCUCAUUCAGCUCUGUCCUCUGUGGCUGGUUGGACAGUGACGUUUCUAACUAAACUUGCUUAAUAAUUCCUGUUGAGGAAAAAGGGAAUCCUAUGAAGCCGCACUCUUUAAGCUGAGGGUUCCAGUUGAAGCAAAUUAAUUGAAGGUGUGUGUGUGAUGAAUUCUAAAUAAGAAUAGAAGGUGGCAUUAAUGAGAUUGCUCAGUUCAAAAGGUCGUGAUGUUAUUCCCAAAAGUGUGGACCAAUCAGAAUUUGAGAAAAUGAACAACUCUUUCCAGAACUUCACACAUUUAUGUUCAUAUUAAUUUAGUAACUUGUAUUGGCAACACUCCUAUGGGCAUUGGAAACAAGAAAUAAGGUAGGAUCCCAACAUUGAGAUCCUACCAAAUUCCUUGUUUACUUUUUCUUAAACUUAAGACGUGGCAGGUGUCUAGCCUUAAGGGAGAGAUGCUCAUAUUCACAAAUGUAGAUUGGAGGAUGGAUUAAUUGAUCAACAAUGAGCUCUUUCCUUUUGCAACUAAAAACCAUAGCUAUGCUCUCGCAGCUAUUUUUCCCAUUCAGAUGAAAUUAUGGCAGAGGCCUUUGGUUUUUAAGAGUCUUUCCAUGAUUUUAAUAUGCAAAGACAUGAGGGUCUCACUGCGAGUCAUACAAAAAUCCCACAGACUACUUUUGGAGGUAUUUUAACCUUCUCAUUUGGAUGUCAUUGAAUUUUAAGAUCCUCUCUGUUGUGUUUACUUUAAGGUAGCACACAUUUGUAAGUUAUUAUUGCACACUUGAUAUGUAUCACUAACUGCAACAGGACAGAAAGCAUUAGUGCAAAUUUUGGUAUUUUAAGCAAAAUGUAAUAUGUAGGGGCCAUAUAUACUUGGUGUUUUUUACAGGCAAAGUAAACAGCGCUGUGUUCACCCUAAACCACAGCACUUUGUUAGGAACUGGUGGUUUUUGAAUACAUUUACCUAAUCAUUCUUGAUUUUAAAAAUUCCUCGCUUCUUAGCAUUAUGUCACUUUUUGGUUUCCUUUGAAACAUGCCACAAAAUAUGAUUUUAUUUUAUUUUUCGUUAAUUUUGUUUCUUUUGUCAGACGAAGAGGUAAAUAUACAAUAAAAUCCUUUUAUUGUUGUUUCGGGGCUUGUAAAAUAACAAAUAAGACGAUAUGGAUACAAUUACUUCCCACACUCUAAUUCACUGUUAAAUAUGUUUUGUGUGAUUGAAACAAAUAGCAAGGAACCAUUUAUUGUCUUUACUGUAAAUGAGGUGGUGUAUAUACUGUAACUGUGUAACAUAUUGUAUAUUCAUUAUGCCUGGUGUGUGGGGGAAAGCUGCUCUGCCAUGUUUACUGGCAGUGUGGACUGUGUGUCUGAAAGUGAGCUCCGAGUCAAGGCCUUGGCGGUUACUGACUGGCUGUGAUGAUUUAAUACAAAGAUUGACUAAAAAAGCGAAAAUGUUCUAUUUAUUUGGAAUAAGUUAGUAUCUCAACUAAUCAGUUUUAAUGUAAAAUAGAAGCGACGGGUGGAAAUGAAGGAUCAUUCAGAGAACUGAUUUGUUCGAGGGCUGCUUCUGACAGAAGCUUUCUGAAUAGUUUUUUUCCUUGAGUAAUAUUUUCUCCCUUUCUCCUGAAUAAAACUGAUUGAGCAACUUGAA